UUAAAUGCAGCUCCAGUCGGCUGUAUGUUACCCACCAGCAUCACUCACACUGUGGCUUUGGGUUUGUAACCAUGAUCUUCAGCCUGGUCUUUCUGCUUCUCUGUGGAAAUAUUGCCCUAACCCUGGAAAAUGCACAGAAAUUGCCAAAAGGUAAAAGGCCAAACCUGAAAGUCUAUAUCAAUACCACAGGUGACUCCAUUCUCAUGAAGUUUCUUCGUCCAGAUCUGAACACCAAGCUAGAAGGUUUUGUCUUGGGAUAUGGCAGCAACUCGCAAUCCAAUCAAUACUUCCCGUUGCCCGCAGAAGGGAAGUCAUCUGAGGCGGAAGUUGAUGCAGAGCCUAAAUAUUUGAUAGUUGUACGACCUGUACCCCCUCCAAGCCAGAAGAAAACAUGUUCAGGUAAAUCUCGUUCCCGAAAACCUCUCCAAAUGGUAGUUGGCACUUUGUCACCAAGCUCAGUCUUUCUGUCCUGGGGUUUCCUCGUCAAUCCACAAUAUGAUUGGACCUUACCGAGUCAGUGUCCUAAUGACAGAUUAUAUACAGUUCGCUAUCGGGAAAAAGACAAAGAAAAAAAAUGGAUUUUCCAAAUCUGCCCAGCCACUGAAACAGUAGUUGAGAAUCUGAAGCCAAAUACCAUUUAUGAAUUUGGAGUGAAAGAUAAUUUAGAAGGUGGACUCUGGAGCAGGAUUUUUAAUCACAAGACUGUUACAGGAACAAAAAAAAAAGGAAAUGGAAAAAUUCAAAGCACCUAUGACCAGACGCAUACAGUGCCAGCAUACAUUCCAAAGAAGAUAAUUCCCAUUACUGUUAUCAAACAAGUAAUUCAGAACGUCACACAUCGAGCAGCAUCGAAAUCUCCAGACAGACCUUCUGUAGGAGGAACAAUACUAGUCCACCUUAUCAUUCCUGGUUUGAAUGAAACCACUCUGAAAGGUCCUCCACCUGUCAUGUUGGAUAUUUCUGAAACAGUCAAGACCCCACUAGCUAAGAGUGAAACCUCAUCAUCACCUGCUGAAUCUAAAACACCAGAGGAAGAAAAAAUACCAGCGCAGCCCAUACCAGAGACAAUGGAAACUGUUCGAAGAACCAUGAGCCCUACUGUGACUAACGUCUUAGAAAUUUCAGAAGCAACUUUGGCUCCAAACAGGCUUCCAGAAUUCCCUCCAGCCAAAACACCAUUCCCUGUGGCGAAACCUAGGGCGACACUGGGUUCAGAUGAGAUACAGUGGAUUGUCCCUACAGCCAAAACAUCUGAUAGUCCAAAAGUUCUGCAGCCCCACACUGCACCCUAUGACAUGCAUCCUGUUUUCUCAAGCCCUCCAACAACAGAUGAGCCUGAAACACCAAUGGCCCAAACAGCAGCAACAAGUGAUUCUCCUCUGGACUCUGCCCCAUCUAAAACUUCUAGAACUAUUGAACAGCCAAGGGCAACACUGGCUCCAGCUAAAAUGCCACUUCUUCCUCAAAAACCGAAAGUGUCUGCCAGUCCUGAAAUACAACAUACUACACUUGCUUCCACACAAACCAUGACCACUCCUUCUACACCUAAGCGACGACACCCCAAGAUCAAACCAACAGGAAGCAAACGUGUGAAAAGUUCAACCACUACAGAAUCCACACCAAAACCCAAAGCAACUUCUCUUGAAUUUGAGAAGCUACCAGCAACACCGGCUCCUAAAAAGAUACUUCCUGUUCCCCCCAAACCAACAACUCCCUCAGACCCAGAAGUAUCACAACUAACUCCUGCACAAGACUCUGUUAGUAUUGAAACAUCACCAGCACCGCCUUCAGCACUGUCACCAACAACAAUAGCUCCACCAAAAUCAAAACGGCCGGGUCGGCGUCCUAAAACCACACCUACUCCCAAAGCACCCCACACCAAACCUGCCCUGGAACCUGUUGCGCUAACAACUGAAACAACAAAGACUACAAUAGCUUCCAAACCACCCAGGUCCAAACCUAAAGGUCCUAAGGCUAAAACCACACCAAGCACAUCUACAACACAGACCAUAUCUGCAUAUGAACCUGUUACACAUAGGACAGAGGCAUCGAUGACAACUCUGGCUUCACAGUUGGACCAAUCACCACCAUAUGCAGGUCCCCAACUUAAAACGACACUAAAUCCAGAUGUGCCAGAGAUCAAACCUGUCAUGGAAUCUGCAACAUUCAAAACUGAAACCGUGGUAACAACAAUAGCCCCAGAACCAGGGACAGUUAAAACUCAUUCUCCAACAACAUUAGCUCAAAUCAAAACAAAGCCUCCUCAUCGAAGGCGUCCUAGACCUAAAACUACAGCGAAACCAGAGAAAUCACAGACCAAAACUGUUCCUACUACAGCUUUAGAACCUGCCACCUUUAGAACUGUGACUGCAGGAACAACAUUAGCACCCAAAGUGCCUAAAGUGACAAGGCGUCCACGCCCACACCCACGCCCAGGUCCUCGCCCACGUCCACGCCCACCCCAAACUCCUACACCAAGUCCUGAAGCACCUCAAACACAAACUGCUCCCAUAGAAGUUCAAACUAAUCUUUUCCAAACAACAUCAUCACGCCUAGAAAAACCACCAAUUACACCUGUUCACAAACCAGUCAAACAAAAUCGAACAAAGUCACCUUCACAUCCCAAGCUUAAAACAACUCCAAGUCUACCUGUACCUCAAACCAAACCUGUUUCUAAAAUAGAACUGGAAUCCGUUGCAUUUAGCACUGAGUCACCAACGGCAACCAUAGCUCCAGCAGAAACACAAUAUGCACAUCCUAUACCUAAAACAUCACAGAGCCCUGAUGAGCUACAGACCAAAGCUGUCUUGGAAUCUAUUACAUAUGUAUCUGAGCCACCCACGGAAACAAUAGUUUCCAUAGAGACAACAUCUCUGCCUUCCAAAACUUUAGCACUGACCAGUCCAGAUGUACCACAGACAAAACCUGCUCCAAAACAGACAACACGUGCUCCACCCAAAAUGAAAACCACACCAAGUUCAGUCAAGCCUGCUCCUAAGGGUUCUCGACCUGUCACUUCAAAACCGAAAAUAUCACCAAGACCACAUGUGCCACCAACUCUACCUGCUCCUGCAGAAAGACACAUCUCUUCCUCACCUCAGCCAUCCCCAAGUCCUGUAAUAACUCCCACCACAUAUGAAGAAAAUACAAUUAUAAUCAAGCAACCAAAGACAACUACAGUUCCAACAACCAUCACACUGAGAACAGCAACACCAACAAUGAUAGCUCCCAGAGACGUACAUAAACCAGACCCAGAUGUCUCUCAGACCAAACCUGUCCUGGAACCUGUUACAUUUAGAAUUGAACCCUCAAAGCCAACAAUGGCUCCUACGGGGACAAAGAGCAGUCCCUUUAAGCCUAAGAUUUCACCAAGCCCAAGUCAAGAUGUACUACAAACUACGACUGAAACAAGUCAAUCCACCCAGGAAUCAGUCAACAAGACUCCUCAAAAACCUAAGCGAACAAAGACUACUCAGGCACCAAAUAAAGUAUACACUACUACAAUAAAGAGGAAACCUAUUAAGCCACCUGUCAGACCUGCCAAAAAUAGGACAAUUACAGGAGGUGGUCGGCCCAACCCAACGGAAUUUUACAAGAAGGAAGGUUACACCAAGCCAAUCUCUGGAGAUGUUAAGCCUUUCGAUGGUCCCAAAAAUGUUUCACUUGAUGCUACCAAAAAAACAGGUACAAGUGCUGAUAUUUAUCGCCCUACCUUGCUACCUCCUAAACCAACACAGCCCCGAAGAAAACCUCUACCACCAAACAACGUGACAGGCAAGCCAGGAAGUUCAGGAGCCUUCUUGUUACCACGGGUAACCUCCCCUCCUCCAAAGGUGACAGUCAAACCUACCGGUCCUACCAUGCCAAAGGAGACCAAGACCAAGACCGAGACCGAGACCGAGACCGAGACCGAGACCGAGACCGAGAGAAAGCAACCGACACCCUCUGUUUCAGGAGAAUAUGGUAACUUGACUGACUUCAGCUCAAGCCCUACAAAAGAGACAGAUUCCUUGGGGAAUCAGCGGUUUGUGGCUCCUCACGUGCGAUACAUCCCAAAGCCCGAGAAUGAGCCGUGUUCUAUCACUGAUUCUAUAAAGCGGUUCCCCAAAGAGGAAGUGACAGAGGAGAGUCACACAAGCCCUCCCCAGAAUCCUCCUACCAACCUCACUGUGGUCACAGUGGAAGGAUGCUCAUCAUUCGUCAUACUGGACUGGGAUAAGCCGCAGAAUGACACAGUUACCGAAUAUGAAGUUAGAUCUAAAGAAAAUGGAGCACCUACUGGGAAGAAGGAGUCUGUUCAAACUACAAAUCAAACCUUCUCUACAAUAGAAAAUCUAAAACCAAACACCAGUUAUGAAUUCCAGGUGACACCCAAAAACCCUCUUGGUGAAGGCCCACCUAGCAAAACUGUGGCAUUCAACACUGAAUCAGCUGAUCCAAGAGUGAGUGAGCCAAUUUCAGCAGGGAGAGAUGCCAUCUGGACUCAAAUACCCUUUAAGUCAGACUCUUAUUCAGAAUGCAAAGGCAAACAGUAUGUCAAGAGAACUUGGUAUAAGAAAUUUGUGGGUGUGCAGCUCUGCAAUUCUCUGCGAUACAAGAUUUACCUGAGUGAUUCUCUCACAGGAAAAUUUUACAACAUAGGAGAUCAAAGAGGACAUGGAGAAGACCAUUGUCAGUUUGUGGAUUCCUUUUUAGAUGGCCGGACUGGACAGCAACUCAAUUCUGAUCAGCUGCCCAUCAAAGAAGGCUAUUAUAGAGCAGUUCGCCAAGAACCAGUCCAAUUUGGAGAAAUAGGUGGUCAUACACAGAUCAACUAUGUCCAUUGGUAUGAAUGUGGAACUUCAAUACCUGGAAAAUGGUAGAUGCUGCAAUAGUGAUGAGAGAUGUCUUCUUUUCCAUCAAGGAAAAAAACUUGGAAAUGUUAUAGUAUUUGUUCCACUUAAACCUUUUGUUUACUAUGUAUAGAAAUUUCAAAUGGAAUUAAUGGCAAUAUUAACUGUUUAUUAAUAGGCUGCUUACUAUAUUUAUCAGGUUCUACAAAAUCAUUUAAAUAAAGUAAGAUAUAGGCAUUAACAGGAAUUUGGGAAGCUGGCUCCCUGCUCAUGGUAUUUUAAGAGAAAGUUUGUAUGUUAUUUAUCACAGUGUUGUAAUAAAUGUUUUGAGGCACUUUUAUGGUAAACUUAAAGUAUGAUAUGCAUUAAUUUUAAAUAUUCACUUUUAUUACCUGUUUAGGUAACUCUACAAAUUUCUAUUCUCCCUCCCUUUAUA